GACUUUGACACUUUUGACAUUGGACUAUAACUAAAUCCAAAAUCUACUAAAAAGGUUUUUCAAUCUUCAAUCACUUCAAUCAGUUCAAUCAAAAUCAAAUCUAAUCUCUGUUCUCCAUUCCAAUUUGUUUGCAUUGCGAAAUACCAGUCGAUUUUUAAAUAGUGGUGAUAUUUUUAUAUUGGAAAAUUAAACCGUUUACCUUUCUAAUAAAAUUACUACCUUAUAAAAUAAAUUCCAAAAUGUAUACUGCAUCUCUUACGCAUUUAUCAAAAUUAACCAAGGACGAAGUUACAAAAUUUUUGAAUUCAUUCGAUACAGUUUUACUAGAUUGUGAUGGAGUGUUAUGGCUUGAAAAUGAAGCAAUUCCUGGUUCUGUGGGAGUUGUUAACAGACUUCGAGAAAUGGGGAAGAAAAUAUUAUUUGUGACUAAUAACUCCACAAAAAUUAGAGAAGAAUUCGUUACAAAAGCUAAACGUAUGGAUUACAUAGUGGAGAAGGAUGAAAUAAUAACAACGUCUUAUUUAACAGUGAGUUUUUUGAAAAAUAUUGGUUUCAAUAAAAAAGUUUACGUUGUUGGUUCAAGAGGGAUAGCUCAAGAAUUAAAUGCCGCUGGUAUUAAACACAGCGGAGUUGGGCCAGAUGUUCUCCAAAACAGUGUUGCACAGACGGUGGAAAAUUUCCAACCGGAUCCCGAUGUGGGCGCAGUAAUAGUGGGUUUCGAUGAGCAUUUCUCUUACAACAAAAUGCUUAAGGCGGCUUCCUACCUCAACAAACCUAGCUGCCUGUUUAUUGCAACAAACACAGACGAACGUUUUCCCAUGAAUUCUGAUUUAGUAGUUCCGGGGACUGGUGCAAUCGUUAAAGCUGUCGAAACAUGUGCUCUAAGGGAGCCUCUGGUUGUAGGUAAACCGAAUGCCUACAUCGCAGAGGCACUCGUGAAGGAACAUGGAGUUGAUCCGAAAAGGACCAUUAUGGUUGGAGACAGGUGUAACACUGAUAUUUUAUUGGGAACCCGAUGUGGCUUCCAGACAAUGCUAGUCUUAACUGGCGUGACGAGAUUGGAAGAAGUGCUGCAGUGGAAGAAAUCCUCUAAAAAGGAAGAGAAGGAUCUUGUACCGGACGUAUACUUGGAGAGAUUAGGUGAUCUAUUAGAAUUUCUUGAUUGAGCAAAGUAUUGCUCGAUUUUAGCCUGAUUUAUUUAUUUUGUAUAUUUAAUACAAUAAAACUGCAAGACAGUUAAUAGCAUGUAUUAUCUUGAUAGGCAUUUACGGUGUUCGUGUAUGUAAUAACUACAUAUUAAAAAAUUUAUUAUUUUGUCAUCAUUUAGAUCUCAAAAUUUAAAUUUUACUAAACUAGAAGUUAACUUUAAAUCAAUUGCAAUCAUUAUUUAAUAUUUAUUGAUAUAUUUCUGUGCCAAUUAUAUGGAAUAAGGUUUAAGUUAAGUGACAAUUUUUCGCACUAACUCUGUAAACAUUAUUAUCAAUUGUACGGUGUGCCAAUCUUUAUUAAAUUCUCAGAAUACAUUAG